CACCCGCGUUACGUCACUCGUCGUGUGUGUGUGUACUGUACCUAUGCACACACAGCAUAGUUAGUAUUAGCUAGUGAUGCAGCAAAGUGACAAAUAUUAGUUAUAUUUACAAUUAUUUAAAACAUAAUGGACUCACUGCUCUCCUGGCUCUUCUCCUCGGAAAAGGAGGAGCUGCACGUCUUGGACUGCAUGGCUUACUUAAUGUUUUUAAUGGCAGCCUGCACUUGCGUAACUUUGCUCUUCGAAAACGUCCCAUACGGACGAUAUGCCACCAGCAGGUAUGGCUUUCCAGUUAAUGUGAGGUUUGCUUGGUUCGUUCAGGAGCUGCCUGCCUUCAUGGUGCCUCUGUGCUUGGUAUUUUGGACAUCUUCUGCCAAAACCUCACUGCUGCCCAACCAGCUGCUCAUUGUCAUGUAUUUCUGCCACUAUGUUCACAGAUCCCUUAUUUAUCCAUUUUUAAUCAGAGGAGGUAAACCGACACCGUUCGUCUCUUUCAUCCUGGCCAUUGUUUUCUGCCUCUAUAAUGGCUACAUGCAGAUCAGGUACAUGAGUCAUUAUGCUGAGUACCCUGCGUGCUGGGUUACACAUCCAUGCUUCAUCGCAGGGUCUGUGCUGUGGUUGGUCGGCUGGUUGGUGAAUAUGCACUCUGACCACAUCCUGAGGAACCUGAGAAAGCCCGGAGAGACUGGUUACAAGAUUCCCACAGGAGGAAUGUUUGAAUAUGUGUCUGGAGCCAACUUCUUAGGAGAGAUAACAGAGUGGGCAGGCUUCGCUCUGGCUGGCCACUCUGUUCACAGUUCAGCCUUUGCAAUCUUUACCACGGUAGUCCUUGCCAGCAGGGCUGUGGCCCACCACAAAUGGUACCUUGCAAAGUUCGAAGACUACCCUAAAAGUAGAAAGGCACUGAUUCCCUUUGUGUUCUAACAAACGCCGUGGGUACUGGAAGCCUGCAAAGGUACCGUUUCUCACAACAGACGAGAAGAAUAUUCCCAUCAUCCUCUUUUCUAAUUCAGGAAAGCUCUGAUGUCAGAACAGAGUGAAUGAAAAACACAGGUUUGCGUGCUUGUAAAUGAUCUCAUCUGAGCUGCAAGCAUGCAACAGUUAGAAGCCAUCAUCUUAAAAAGAUUUUUAUUAUUGUCAUUACUUAUAUAUUAUUAUAUUAUAAUGUCCGUGAAGCAAAGUAAUUUCAGCAACCAUUAAGUGAAUGUAACGGAAGAGCUGUGUUUGCCGGAGAGGCAACAUUUGGCACUCCCCCUCCAGAGGAGGAAAUAAGAUAGUGAGUGGAGCAUACCUCAACGGUAAUACGCUGGAUUUAUAACAGCGUGCACCAGCAGUAAACAGUUUUAAGACCCUCCGCUGAUCUGCAUAUCCUUCCAGAUGGAACAUAAACCUGGAAAUGCAAAGCAGACAUAAAGUUUUCAGUCACUCUCGAGAGUCAUCUGUUGCAAAUGCGUCUUUUUAACAUACAGUCGAAUUAAAGAGACAAAAACGGGACCUUCAAUUGAGCUUCAUUUUGCUCAUCAGAAAGACUUUACUACUUACCUCAUUAUCUCAAAAACCUGGAAACGCAAACACUCUGGAUCAGAAUGUAAGUGCAUCACCACCCUGUAAAGACUGAGACUGGAGCAGGCUGGUUCCACAGGCUACUGGGCUGCAGGGAAAUCAAAUGGAGAUCAAGCAUGGCCCUCAAUAACUCAGCCAUGCCUGAAAUGAGAAGAAGAGAGCGUUGCCUCAACACAUCACUCUUGGCGGAGUGUCAGAGAGAGAAGAGGAGAAGAAG